CCUCGUCAUUUCCUCCUUUAGUUUCAUUUCCCAGCAAAACUCUCCCUCGCAGCCCUGCCCUGGAUCUGAAUUUCCAUGGCCCGGGCAGAGGCUGUGGCCGGGCUCAAGGAUGAACUGACCUGUCCCAUCUGCCUGGACAUUUACAGGGACCCCACAUCCCUGGGCUGCAGCCACAGUUUCUGCAGGGACUGCAUCAGCCAGGCUCUCCGGAGCCAGCAGAGCCCUGCCCGCUGCCCGCUGUGCCAAUCUUCCGCCGGGGCGCCGAAACCCAACUUCCAGCUCCGCAACAUCGUGCAGAAAUUCAUGGAUGCUCCUGAGCACCGAGAGGAGGAAACACAGGGAGAUCAAUGUGAGGAGAAAGGGAAAAGCUCAGGCCAGCCAGAGGAGGUGGUGCUGUGUGAUUCCUGCCUCCAGGAGCCCCAGCCUGCAGUCAAGACAUGCCUGAGCUGCGAAGCCUCCCUGUGCCAAGCCCACCUGAGCAAGCACAGCAGCAGCAAUGCCCAGAAGAACCAUGUGCUGGUGGAGCCCUGCCAUGGGCAGGCUUUGGCUGAGAGGAGAUGCCCCAAGCACGGCAAAAUGCUGGAAUGCUUUUGUGACACGGACCAGGAGUGCAUCUGCAUCCUGUGCUCCAUCCUCUCCCACCAGAACCACAAGAUUAUCAGUUUGGAGGAGGCUUUCAAAGCCGCCCAGACAUCUUUUCCUGAAAUUCUGGGAACACUGAAAUACAACGAAGCUGCACUGGAUCAAGCCAUAGCAAACCUGGUGCAACAAGGGAAUAGACUAAAGACUGAGGAGAGCCAGGGGAGGGAAUGGCUGGAGAGCCUGUUCAAGGAGAUGCAGAAGCAGCUAGAGGAGAAAAAAGGAGAGAUCCUGAAAGUUCUCACUGACUACAAGGAUCAACACCUUUCUCGGAUUCAGGGAGAGAUAAAUAAUCACAAGGAGAAGAAGGAUUCAGCCAUCCAUGAUAUUCAGGAGCUGGAGGCUCUGAGAAAUCAGAAGGACACUCUUCUUUUCACCAAGGCUUUUACAGCAAUUGAUGCCAGGAAACAUGAGCCAGUUCCUAGCACGGAUGAUGUGGUGAUACCACAGCCACCCAUUACUUUGGAUGAAUCAACAAGAGAUGCUGUUCUGAGGCUUUUCCAGCAAUUCCUCUCAAAUGCAGAUGCCGCCUUGAAGCCACCGCCACCUCCAGUUUAUGGAUCAGGACCUCCUAGUCUUUUCUCAUUUGGUGCAAGUACAACACAACAUGGACCCUCGGAUGUGGAUCUUCUUUGGGGUCAAGGAAAUCCAAGGCAGAAUGUGUACUCUGACUACUAUCAAUGCUACUAUGAAGACUGAACAUCCUGCUGAGAGCUUCAGGCUUGCAAGGACAGGAACCAUCCCUUUGAAGUAUCCCAUCCAUGCUGCCAUCAGUGUGUGGAAACUCCUGCAGUGAUGUGGAGACAAGGUUGUAUUUUGUUUUAUUUUGUUUUUUUAUUUUGUUUAUUUCCAGGCCUAAGAAUUGUGAGCCUUGCACAGAGGCUGUGCUAAGGUAUAUCAGAAACUGGACUGCGGGUUGCUGUGAUGGGGGUGUAUCACAGCACCCUGCCUCUUCCUGCAAGAGUCCUCUUUUAUUUGUUCUGUUAAUCAUAAUGGAAAUACCAUUAAGUUGAUCACUUUUGCUUAGCUGUAUCAAGUACUAUGUUGGGUUCAUGAUAUUAAAGUCAUGUUUUCAGCUUGCAAACCAUGAUGGCAAUUUAUUUUAUCUAGAAGAUGACAUCACAACAUUAACUGGUACAGAACCAGGCAGCAGCAAUGCUGAUCUUUGACCUAAGGCAGCAGCUUUUGCCUCUGCUGCCUCUUUCCAUCCUGCACAACCAGUGCAGAAGCAAAGCUGCCCUGAGAGUUGAGGAGAGAAUGGGCAGCAUUCCCUGCUGGAGUCGGAGGGGAAACUUCCCAAAGCGGCUGUCAGAACGUGGGGAAGCGUGGAGCUGGGACAGGGAGCAUUUCUCAGCUUGGCCUGCAGUGGAGGAAGGGCUUGGAAGGGAAGGGCUUGGAAGGGAAGGGCUUGGAAGGGAAGGGCUCAGAAGGGAAGGGCUU